AUGCUGCGCUCUGCGAUCGUCCCGAGCCGGCAGCUGCUCUCGUAUCCGGCUCGCCAGCGUGCAGCGACACAAUGGCUGCCCAGAGCUGGUGUGAACGGCCGGAUCUCCGGCCAGCGAUACUUCGCAGACCCGGCGCACCAGCCGCCUGUCGCCCCGACGCCUGCCACGCCCUCGUCUGACACGACGAUUCCUCCAGAGAACGUACCCAAGCUCCCGCCAACCCCGAGUACGCAGGGUCAGAGAUCUCCCCCGUCUACAGUACAGCCGCCAGAAUCUCCUACUAAGACCCCUGUAGGAAACACUACUCCGCCGCCUCCCCCGCCCCCAGCACGCAAGAAGGGUGGUUUCCGGCGGUUUAUCCUGUACCUGAUCCUCACUUCCGGACUCGCCUACGGCGGUGGUGUGUGGCUAGCUCUGAAGUCGGACAACUUCCACGAUUUCUUCACCGAAUACGUCCCCUACGGAGAGGAAGCUGUUCUCUACUUCGAAGAGCGCGAUUUCUACCGCCGGUUCCCGAACGCCACGAGACACCCUAACCGUCUGCCUCCUAUCGAGAGAGAGCCGGGAAACAAGGUCACCAUUCCUAGCAAAAGCGGGCUUUCCUGGAAGGUCUCUGAGCAAGAGGCAGCUGAUGCUACAAAGGCUGAAAAGGCUGAGAAGAAGCCUACUAUUCAGAAGGCUAAGGAAGAUACGGCUGCCAAGAAGCCUGCAACCCAGGAAGCACCGAAGGAGGAGGCUAGAAAACCCGCCGUUUCUUCUGUCUCGACUCUCGAGCUGCUGAAUGUGAAGGAGGGCGAUGAGCCUAUCGUGCAGGAGCUAGUGAAGACCUUCAAUGACAUUAUUACGGUCAUCAGUGCUGAUGAGGCUGCCGGCAAGUUCUCGGCCCCGAUUGAGAAGGCCAAGAACGAGCUGCAGAACAUUGGAGAGAAGAUUACCGCUCUGAGGACCGAUGCCCAGCGUGCGGCCGAAGAACAGAUCAAGAAGGCCCACGAGGAGUUUGAAGAAUCCGCCAAAGAACUCAUCCGCCGCAUCGACGAAGCGCGUGCCGCAGAGGCUGCCCAGUACCGUGAGGAAUUUGAAUCUGAGCGCGAGAAGCUGGCCCAUUCUUACCAGGAAAAGCUGAACACCGAGCUUCAACGCGCGCAGGAGGUUUCUGAGCAGCGUCUGCGGAAUGAGCUUGUUGAGCAGGCCAUCGAGCUCAACCGCAAGUACCUCAAUGACGUGAAGGAACUGGUCGAACGGGAGCGUGAGGGUCGUCUGUCUAAGCUCAGUGAACUCACCGCUAGCGUCAACCAGCUGGAGAAGUUGACGACCGACUGGAGCGACGUGAUUGACAUCAACCUGAAGACCCAGCAGCUCCAGGUGGCUGUUGAUGCUGUCCGCUCCGCCCUCGAGCGUCCCGACAUGCCCAGACCGUUCGUCCGUGAACUGGUUGCCGUCAAGGAGCUUGCCGCUGAUGACCCUGUCGUCUCUGCAGCCAUCGCUUCCAUCAACCCUACCGCUUACCAGCGUGGUAUUCCUUCCUCUGCCCAGAUCGUCGACCGCUUCCGCCGUGUCGCCAACGAAGUGCGAAAGGCCAGCCUUCUUCCCGAGAACGCUGGUAUCGCCAGCCACGCGGCUAGCUUGGUUCUGAGCAAGGUGAUGUUCAAGAAGGAAGGUGUUGCCACCGGUAACGAUGUGGAGAGCAUCCUUACCCGUACCGAGAACCUCCUGGAGGAGGGUAACCUGGACGCCGCAGCCCGCGAGAUGAACUCCCUUCAGGGAUGGGCUAAGAUUCUGAGCAAGGACUGGCUGGCUGACGUGAGAAGAGUAUUGGAAGUGAGACAGGCUCUCGAGGUCAUUGAGACUGAGGCCCGUCUUCAGUGCUUGAGAGUCGAGUCAUAG